CAACGAACUUAAAAUAAACCAUGGAUUAGAUUAUUUCGCCUCUCUUUUUAUCUUCUUCUUGUCUUCUUGUCUUCAUUUUGUUUUUUAAAUGAAACGUUCGUACAAUUUUCUCUUUCUUUUUUCUUUCCUUCCUUUCUCUUCUCUUCUCUCUUUCUUACCUUCAACAUCUUUUACCUCUCAUCAUCUUUACCAACAACCUCAUCUUAACUCUCCUUCGAUAACGACGACCACGACGACGAAAACGUAGUCUUCUUUUUUCCUUUCUUUUUCUUUCUUUUUAUUCCCUUCUUCUUCUUCAAUUUAUCUUCUUCUUCUUUUUUUGCCUCUCUCUCUCUUUCUCUGGUCAACACCGUUGCCUUUGAUUUUUCACCUUUCAUCAUCAUCAUCAUCAUCAUUUUCAUCAUCUUUUACCUUCGAUUACCAUCGACAUAAGCAUCUUUAAACGCAUCUUUUAAUGCAUCUUUACAAAGUCAACCUUUAAAUGAAUCUUUAUAUGAAUAAAUCAUAACAACAUUACUGUAAAUCGUCGCUUUAAUUGUUGUUGUUAUUAUUGUUGUUAUUGUUUUUUGCCUCUGGAGUUGUAAUUUUUACAUCAUUUCAACAAUAUUUUUAUGUUUUUAUGGAAACAACUUUACCAACGUCAACUUCAUCUUCAUCAACCUCAUCCCAUUCAUCAACAUCAUUAACUUAAUUUAAAUUAAUACACACACACAACAAUAUACAAGAGUUACCGGAGACUUACAACACUUAUUUUCACUUCUAAACGUUUCAUGAUUUAAUUUCAACCCAAUCGUUCAUCGACAAAUUGUGCUUAUUUUUGUGCAUAUGUGUGUCUGUGUUUUAUUAAUCACUCACUAACAAUUGUGAUCCCAAUAUACAGUCAAAUUUUUACACCAAUACCUUUUGAUUACAACAAUUAACCAACACAAAUACAAACCAUUUUGUAGUUACAAUGUUUGGGAAUUACUCUAAAAUAGAGUCACCUCACAGUGGCUCAAUAAAAGCCCAAAUUGAGAUAAUCCCAUGUAAAGUUUGUGGCGAUAAAUCAUCUGGAGUUCAUUAUGGUGUAAUUACGUGUGAAGGUUGUAAAGGUUUUUUCCGUCGAAGUCAAUCAUCAUCCGUUAAUUAUCAAUGUCCAAGGCAAAAGAAUUGCGUUGUCGACCGAAUAAAUCGAAACCGUUGUCAAUAUUGUCGUCUUAAAAAAUGUCUCACUCUGGGAAUGUCCAGAGAUGCAGUAAAAUUUGGACGAAUGUCCAAAAAGCAGCGAGAAAAGGUUGAAGAUGAGGUUCGCUUCCAUCAGGCUCAAAUGGUACGAACACCGGGAUCCGGUGGAGGCGGUGGUCCAGGAGGUGGUGGCAAUGGACCAGGGUCAACGAUAGGAGGUCAAACACCUUCCCAUUCAAUGCCAUCCUCAAAUACACCAACCCAAUCAUAUCAAGCUGCUGAACCUUCACCCGAUUCAUCAGUAUUUGAUCAACAACCUCCUCAACAGCCAUCUUCAUCCUCCAAUCCUCAACCCAUCGUUUCCUUCCCAUCAAAUGGUGUCUACCAUUACCAGACCACAAUGAGUUCACCUUACGAUCAACUAUCCAAUGGUUAUUAUACACCAAACAUGGUGGGAUUAGAUUUAGUUGGAUCUGCUGGUGGACCUUCAACAACCGAACCUGGGUCAACAUUAAAUGGUUCAACAAAUGGUUCCAAUAAUGGAGGUGGAGGAUCCAAUGGUACAGCCAGUGAUUAUGCUGAUUCAACAACCUUUACUGAUCAGAAACCUUGCCUUGAUGUAGUGCCCGAUAGUUCACCAUUAAAUAACAAUGGACUUAUAAUUGAUUUAGAGAAGCCUUUGGCUUCCCUUGAAUUGGAUAAAGUGAUACAAAUAAUCUCAAAUGCCUAUCGCAAUGCCAAUGGUUGCUCUUUUACCUCGGAAGAGAUUGGUAUCUCAUGGGAUAUGGAUGAAGAGGUUGUUGAUUUUAAGAAAUUGAAACAUGAAGAGAAAUGGUUUAAAUGUGCUAAUAAAUUGACCGAAGUGAUACGAAGAGUUAUUGAAUUUGCUAAAUGGAUUCCCAAUUUUCACAAUCUGCCUCAAGAUGAUAAAAUUAUCCUCCUUAAGACUGGUUCAUUUGAGCUUUGCUGCCUCCAGAUUAGCCGUUGUUAUGACCUUAACACGGGCCGGGUCAUUUUUAACAAUCGUUCAAUGUCGCUACAAGAUUUUUUGACCGAUGAUAACAUUGAAAAUCGUUUGGUAACAAAGGCUUUUAAUUUAGCUGAAAGUAUUGCUUCAAUGGAGCUACGUGAAGAAGAGUUAGCGCUAUUUUCAGCCUUUACUUUAUUAUCUCCAGAACGUCCUGGUCUUGGUAGUAUACAUCGUAUUUCACAGAUGAACAAGAACCUGAAAGAGGCAUUAAGAAUGCUAUUAAAAGAGAAUCAACAUGACUCGAUAAUGCCUGAUUUAACAGCCAAGACCCAAGAGUUGACAAUGUUAAAUAAACUUCACAUGGAUGCUUUGGUUAAUUUCACCCAAACCUGCCUAAAAUCAUCCAUAGAUAUACAAUUCCCAGCGUUAUAUAAAGAAUUGUUUUCUUAAGUAUUUUGUAUCUAAAAAAUCAUCUCUUUUUCCUCUCUUUCUCUCAGUUUUCAUCGCUUUCUUCCUCUCAUCUUUCUCUUUUCCUCCUCUUCUUCUUCAUCUCCUUCAUCCUCUUCUGC